UCGAAAAAAUGCUCUGCAGUGGCCUUGAGGAAUUGUACCGGACCCGUCUCUGUCAAAAGAACAGUAUGCUAGUACUUCCACCUAGUCAGGGAGAGUUUCGUUUCUUUACUAUCCGAGAUCCGGAGAAGGAAUAUUCACCGUGGAAGGGCGUAGACAGACUGGCACUCCAAGUUGAGGAGAGGGAUGCACCAAAGAUAAAGGAACUGGAGGCUGAAUUGAAAGCUGUGAGGGUGGAGAGGAAAGAAGUCAAAGAGGGAUUUGAGAAAGAGAGGGAAACACAUGCGCAACGGAUAAAUGAGCUUGAGACUGAGCUAAGCAAGCUAAGGAUGGAGAGGCAGGCAUUACAAGAGAGGUUUGAGAGAUUGCAAUCAGAGCAUGACAGGCAGAAAGGCGUGCACUUGGAGAAGGUCAAGCAACUGGAGACCAGAUUGAGCACUGUGACUGGGGAGAGGCAGGUGAUGGAAGAGAGAUUUGCAAAAGAAAGGCAAGCGUACACAAGAAGGAUAAAGAAGCUUGAGACUGAGCUAAGCAGUAUGGGGAUGGUGAGAGACAGAGAGAGAUUGGAGAGACUUAAAUCAGAUCAUGAGAUGGCAAUGAGCUCAGAGAGCGUCAACCAGUUGGAAGACGAAAUAAGCAACUUGUCGGCCGAGAAGGAGACACUCAAAGAGAGGUUUGAGAAAGCAAGGGUAAGCAUUCAAGAACUGGAAUGCAGGCUGGAGAUCCAAGGAGGCACAGACAGUACUGAAGACGAUGGAGCACCUGGAAUGCCUUCGUCCCUCAGAGCUGAUAUUCAGUACCUGGCUCCGGAAUUCUGUCGCACAGGGGUGUUCACUCAACAGACGGACGUCUACGCGUUUGGCAUCACAAUCCUUGAAAUCCUCACCGGGAAAUUCAAGAAUGCAUUGGGAAUUAUGGAAGACGCAGCGGAAGAUGCUGCAACCUUUGCAAGUAUUUUGGACCCAAAUGCUGGAGCUUGGGACAUGGAUCUGGCCAUGGAAGCGGCACAAGUGGGUCUGAGAUGUGCAAGUUUGAACAAACGCAGCCGGCCGAGCAUGCUGACAGGUGAAGGUGCCAUUCUGCCUGCACUGGAGAGUAUUGCUAGUAAAGUGGAACUUGCUGACUCGAUGGAACCUUUGUGAGUAGCUCAGUCACAGUGUUGAAGUGGAAAAGU